AUGACUCGCCGUUGUGUCCAUGUUGAAUUGAGUUCUGCUAAAAGUCUCGGGUUUUGGUGCGAAGGAGCAUGGCAAUGCCGGAUUAGCAAACAUGUGCUGCUCUAUGCCACGGUGGAACACAUUUGCAAGGCUGAAGAUAUCACUGUAAACGGACUCCACGGCAAGCAUUUGUUCGUGUACGGCGGGGCAAAUCUUGAACUGAUGCAAACUCGUGGCUGGGUCUAUGGAACGGACAGCAUGUUUGUAUUGUUGAAGCAUCGAGUGGAGCCAGAGGUCAAAGCGUCUGUGCAGAAGGAACUGUUUCAUGUGCGUGUGGUUUACUUUGACCGGAUCACGCUCCCAGCUCUAUUUGUGUUCCCCUUUUCUCAAUUUUGGUGCAUCGGUUGGCAAGGUGGUGUCGGGUGCUAUCCUCGUUUAGCUUCGUUGCCUCUGUAA